CCGCUCCUCCCGCAGGAUGAGGCGAGCAGGCCUGGGUGAAGGAGUACCUCCUGGCAACUAUGGGAACUAUGGCUAUCCUAAUAGUGGGUAUAGUGCCUGUGAAGAAGAAAAUGAGAGACUCACGGAAAGUCUGAGAAACAAAGUAACUGCUAUAAAAUCUCUUUCCAUUGAAAUAGGCCAUGAAGUUAAACAUCAAAAUAAAUUAUUAGCUGAAAUGGAUUCACAGUUUGAUUCUACAACUGGAUUUCUAGGUAAAACCAUGGGAAAACUGAAGAUUUUAUCCAGAGGGAGCCAAACAAAGCUGCUGUGCUAUAUGAUGCUGUUUUCAUUGUUUGUCUUUUUUGUCAUUUAUUGGAUUAUUAAACUGAGGUGAUGCAAGUAACUGUGAGUUUGGAACUUGUUCCAACUUAACGGCUUGG